AUGCCCAAGAACUGCACAGGUGCCCAGUACCUGGGUGGAGCCCUGGGACCCGGUUGUCGACUCAUGGCCGGACUGCAUUACUUCGUCUCCAGUCCAUACCUGGCGUCUAACCCCGGCGAGCAGUUCUACAUGUUCACCAUCAUCGCAGCGUGGCUCAUCAAUGUGGCGGGGAGGCCGUUUACCGAGCCGCAGGAGUACGACGAACCCAACGCCACCGUGUCCAACAUCCUGGCAGAACUGCGGGCCUUUGGUGUUAAGGUGGACUUCCCGCCCUCCAAACUGAAGUCUGGCUCAGGCGAGUACGUCUGCUUCGUGCUGGACCGACUGGCUGAGGAGGCGCUCAGGAAGAGAGGCUUCACCUUCAGGAAGACAAACUACCCAUCAGAAAACACAGAAGAAGAGUCUGUGGUGGAGGACGACGCCGAGCUCACGCUCAGGAAAGUGGAGGAGGAGCUGAUCGACGAAGGGGACGAGGAGGAGGAGAACGUGAUGGACCUGGAGGCUCUGAAGUUACGAAGCACUCACACUGAAGCUGAGACGUCCUCCAAACCCGACGAGAUCCUGGAGUCGACGGUCGACGUGACAGAGUGGAACCUGGAGGUUGAGCGAGUCCUGCCGCAACUCAAAGUCACCAUCAGGACCGACAACAAGGACUGGAGGGUCCACGUGGACCAGAUGCACCAGCACAGAGACGGGAUCCAGUCCUCACUCAAGGAGGCCAAGAGUCACCUGGACAAGCUGCAGGAGGACAUCGGGAAGACGCUGGAGAAGGUGAGCAGCAGAGAGAAGUACAUCAACAACCAGCUGGAGCAUCUGAUCCAGGAGUACCGCAGCGCCCAGGCCAAACUCAGCAAGGCCAGAGAGCGCUACCAGCAGGCCAGCGGAGGAGUGACGGAGAGAACCAGAGUGCUGGCCGAGAUCAGCGAGGAGCUGGAGAAGGUGAAGCAGGAGAUGGAGGAGAAAGGCAGCAGCAUGUCUGACGGAGCUCCGGUGGUGAAAAUCAAGCAGAGCCUGACGAAGCUGAAGCAGGAGAUCAUUCAGAUGGACGUGCGGAUCGGCGUGGUGGAGCACACGCUGCUUCAGGCCAAACUCAAGGAGAAGUCCAACAUGACGCGAGACAUGCACGCCACCAACAUCCCCGAGCCCGCCGCUGGGCUGUUCGCCUAGCGCAGCAGCCUAGACCCGAAAAACCCGGCGAGGUCCGACUCCUCUAAAAGGAAACCGAAAAAUGUCGUCACAUCUAUUUAUAACCAACAUAUUUUUCCAUUUCCUGUAAUGGAUGUUUUUACGUCUUUGAGGGAUUUUUAUAAACUUAAAGAAUUUCUUUGUUAAGCUCAAUGAUUCAACUCCAUUAAUCAGAUUGACCACCAGAUGGCGCCAGAGUUCCAGAUAAAGACUUGUUAUUGAACUUUUAAAAGUAUAAUAAUCGAAGCAUAAUUGAAUCUUUGGUUAGCAUAGUUUUUAUUUUUCUACUAAAUGUUGUAAACACAAAAUAAAACCUUAAAA